AGGCACACAGUACUACUAGCUAACUCCAGCAAAAACUCCACUGCACACAACUUUUUCAUUUUUAUAUUUGUCACUAGAGGGAGACACUGGUUAUUGGACACGAACACUGACAUAGGAGGCAAUUUGUAGUUUGUUUCAUGCUGUUUGGUGAUUGGUGGAGCAGUGGUACCAGGACACUAGUGACACUCUGUGGGUUCUUACUGACAAUGCUACCAGUGCUUUGAGUACUUCUGCCACUUCCUUUAAACCAGGAUUCUGUCACUGUGACGUUUUUUUCCGGAGACUUUGUUACAAAAUUUAGGUAGGAAUUGUGUAAUGUAAUUUAGAACUUUACCCUCUGAUUUGGAAUAAAUUAGUUCUCAAUGUUCGAACAAUUUUAAACUGAAGUUUCGUAAGUGUGUAAAUACCUUUCAAUGACCUUAGGUUUAUGAAGUUGACCAGUUGGUGGAGAGGUGUUUGUGUGACAGAACACAAGAGGGCAGUCAGCAUACAGAUUCCGGAUUAUAUAUAGGACUGCUUCUCAAGUAGACCAAACAUUUACCUUCCAAUUGUGGAUACUCAAAAGAAUACCAUGAGGGGUGUGCAUUUGGAAGAACCAACAUCACCAAUAACAAAACAACUUAACGAGGACCUGGACGAAUUUGUCCGGCAACUCACACACCCAAAGGGAACUGUCGAUCGCUCACAAUCUAUCGACGUGUCAGCCCUAGACAAAUUGGGAAAAAUGAAAUUAGAAACAUCACAGCCAUCUGGGAGAGAUGCCACAUCACAUAAUGUGAGACGUUCUGCUCCAGAAAUCACAGAAAAGCAGGAAAAACAUAAAUGUGAAGCAGUAGACAAUCCUCGUAAAAGUUGGCGGAAACAUAUUCUACAGAGACGCAACGGAAAAAGCGUUUCAUUGGGGACAAACUCCACAGAUAUUGACGAGGCUGUAGAAAUUUCAUUUGGUUCAAAUGAUGAUGAGGGGCUGGAUGUCAAAGAAAUAUCUUUUGACAGUACAUCAUCGGGGCUUCGUGAUUCCAAAGUCUUAUUUCAUGGAGAUUCCACACCUGAAGAUUCUGAUCAAGAGAGCACUCCGACACAGGGGAGCAAAACCUCUACACUUUAUGGUCAAAAACAUGUUAAAAAGGACAGAGAUACACAAGCUGUAAAGGAAUCAAAAAGACGCCGCUUUCGUCGCAUGAUAACACGCCCCUUGCGACGGAGUCAGAGUGCUGGAUGUGAGCAAGAUAUACCAGUACAUGCUCUGUUCCUACACCGUACAGAGGAGGGAUCUCCAGAAAAAGACACGAUUGAAAGCCGAGCAGCUGACCUGUCCAUGUAUCAAAGACAGUUGUUUGGAGAUGUUGAGGCUGAUGCGGACAGCGCCAAUUCCAACCUUCCACGUCGCCCAGUUCACAAGACAUGUUCUGCUGAUGCAGCCAUGAUGGCAAAGGAAGACUUUGGUAUCAGUAGUAAUAACAACAAUUCUCAGACCAGACCAAAAUCUCGUAACAUAGCUAAAAACAUGAAGAGAAAGUUCCAGUUUUUACGACGCCGAAAUACAGACACAGCUUUAGUCGGCAGCUUGCUGUCGGUUCACUCCAGACCUUCGUCAGAUCAAGCCUCUCAGUGGAGUCAUUCAUUUGACACGUUGCUAGGUGACAAAUGUGGCAUAGAGCUGUUUAAGGGGUUUCUUCGUUCAGAAUUUAGCGAGGAGAACCUAGAAUUCUGGAUUGCAUGCCAAGAUUAUAAAAGUUGUAAAGACAGCAAGCUGAUGGUGCAGGCUCAGAAAAUCUACUCUGACUUUGUUGCUUUCCAGGCCCCUAAAGAGGUGAAUUUAGAUUCCAAAACAAGAAUGCAGGCGAUAUCUAACUUGGAUACACCAACACGAGAAACGUUUGUUGAAGCCCAGAAACGUAUCCAAGCUUUAAUGGAGAAAGACUCUUAUCCUAGAUUUCUGGAAUCUGAUAUUUAUUUGCAGCUUGUUAAUCUUUCGGACAAUACUAAAAGUUGAAUGUAUUGAUGGCUUUAAAAAUUUCAGUGACAAUUUUAUUAUUAAUAACACUAUUUGUGAUAAAAGGAACCCUCUUGUCAAGCAGCUGUCAAAAUUGAAAGAACUGAUGCGAAUGAAAAUCAUUUUCUGUGUUAAGGAACACUUUGUCACUUAAAGAGUAGGACAAAUGACUUACGCAUCUUUUAGAUAAACGUGUGUGAAGUUCUCAGAUCUGUUUGUAUUCUGAGAAAUGAGUAAAGCAACAGAAGAUUUACAAGGUCCCUGGGGACUGAUAAAUGUGCGAAAGUUUCCUGAAAAUUGAUAAAUGGGUAAAUAUUUACUUGUGUUGUUUGCAAGUUUAUCAAAGACUGACAGUUUCAGAGGAGAACAUUUAAAAAGGAUACCAUUCCCGACAACAGAUAGCAUCAUCAUUUUAACAUCAUCAGUGUAUUUAGCUUUUGUUAUUUUUAUACUUAAUGGAGGAUAAAUCUACCAGAGUGUUCUAUGAGUGUUUCUUGCAAAUUUAAAUAUCAGCUGUUACAGUUAAUAAUCGUGUUUAUAUUUGAGUGAACAGAACAAUAAAUCAGAUGCAGGAUUUUAUUUUAAUCCAAAGCAGUCACUUCUGAUGUGUAGGUGGGGUGCAAUAUUAUUGAUUUGUUGGCCAUUUGCUAACAAUGAGUAUAUAAUACUUAAUGAUUCUCAUGACUCAGCAUUGGGGUGGUUCCCAUGACUCAAUGGUGGGAUAGCUCUCAUGACCCAGUGGGGCGGUGAUUCUCAUGAUCCAGUAUUGGGGUGGUUCCUAUGACUCGAUGGUGGGAUAGCUCUCAUGACCCAGUGGGGCGGUGAUUCUCAUGACCCAGUAUUGGGGUGGUUCCUAUGACUCGAUGGUGGGAUAGCUCUCAUGACCCAGCAGGCGGCGAUUGCCAUGACUCGAUGGUGGGAUAGCUCUCAUGACCCAGCGGGGCGAUGAUUCUCAUGACUCAAUGGUGGGAUAGUUCUCAUGACCCAGCGGGGCGAUGAUUCUCAUGACCCAGUAUUGGGGUGGUUCCCAUGACUCGAUGGUGGGAUAGCUCUCAUGACUCAGCCGGGCGAUGAUUCUCAUGACCCAGUAUUGAGGUGGUUCCCAUGACGCGAUGGUGGGAUAGCUCUCAUGGGCUAAUGGUUUUCCAUGCGAAUGUGAUGAAUUGUCAAACUUAAUUUGACAUAUAAAUUGAAUUUGUUUUGUGAAAUCAUGCUUUAUGGUAAUAUCUCUUAUUUUUGUGUUAAUUUUUGCAUUUUUCUACCAAAUCAAUUUCACAAGAAGAGCGAUUGUCUUCACGAAUGCUGGUAUGUUGUCAUUUUUUAUGGAUGUUUCUCUAUGGAACCCUUAUGGCACAACACUUUUAUACACUGGGAAAUCUCCUUUUUUAAUGUGUAUGGCACAUCAGUCCAAUUAAGAUGUUGUAGAGCUGAUUCCCAUGUUGUGACAUAUUUCUAUCUUACAUGAGAUUUGUACAUUGUGAUGCAAUGCUUGGAUGGUCUUAGUAAUUCCAUGUUGAAAGAUUUCAUUGAACUAGAUGGCGUUCUUGUAUAUUGUGACAUUUUUGAGAUAGUGAUAGGUUUCAUCAAUUCAACUUGAUAUUGUAUAUGUUUUUAUUCCUUAAUUCUGGACAAAAUGUCAUACUUUAUUCAACAAUUUCAUAAAAAAAAAAUCAAAAAUAAAAUGUUGACAACAAA